CUUAGUUUUAAUUUUAAUGGUUUUAACUUUAAUAUUUAAUAUUACAUAAUAUGUUUUUCCAUUUUUCAAAAUACACUUAUUUCAUUCCACAACUAUUAAGAGGACACCACACCCACAUGUGUUGUCUCCGUCUUACAAACUUACAGCAUAGCAAAAACUGUUUUGCGCCACACAACUUUUCUCCCUCUGUAUUUAUAGUAGAAUUACCAAAAUUCCUUAAUGCAUAGAGAAAAACUUUAUCUGUGUCAUAGCGUUUUUUUUAUUUUGGUACUUAGCACUAACCAAUCAUUUUUAAUAAUUGAAUGAAAAAAACAAUAAAAUAACUUAUAUUCUUAAACUGAUAACUUUAAUUGUAUUUAUGUUAUCCAAAUAAAAAAAAACUCAAUAAUACAGAUGAAGUUCUUCCCUAAGGGCCAGUUGCAUCAUCUCUGAUUAAAGUUAACCGGAGUUUAAUCGUCCGAAUUUGUCCGGUUAAAUAUCUGUUAUCAGCUGAUUAAGCUUAAUCAUAGUUUAAUCGUAGACGGUGCAACUGGCCCUAAGUGUUGUAGAAUUUUGGUAAUGCUACUAUAAAUACAGAGGGAGUAAAAUUGACCUGCUCAAAACAGUUGUUGUUAUGUUGUACGUUUGUAAGAUAGAAACAACACAUGGAGGUGUGGCGUCCUCUUAAAAAUUAAUAUACAAUGACUGAAUGACAUGUAGAUUAGUUUUUGAGCUGGUUAUCAUCUGCAUUUUAUUUUACUUAUCUGAGCCCUGAAAAGAAAAGCAAAUGCUCGCCAAAAUCAUGUUCCACUAUAAAUGUAGAAACAACAUUUAUCCUAAAACAGAUGGAAAAAUUGUUCGAUUUCAUGUGCCAGAUGAUAAAGUUAGUUGGCAUUCUCUAUACCCCUCAUAUAAUCCAACAUUGUUUACAUCAACAUGUAUUGUUGGUCAACCGUGGGCUGAUCUAGAUUUGAAUGUAUCUGACUUCCAACCCAAUUGGAAUUCCAUUGAUGGUUAUGUUAAUAGAAUUAGUUUGACUGGAAUGUAUGAAAUUAAAAAUGGUUAUCCCCUGAACCCUUGUGGUCGAACUGGUGUAAUUGGCCGUGGAGUUCUUGGUCGUUGGGGUCCAAAUCAUGCCGCUGAUCCAAUUGUUACUCGUUGGAAAAAAUCUAAAAAUGAACAUGUACUUAAUGAAAAUAGUGAUAAACCUAUUCUUCAGUUUGUUGCUAUUCAAAGAAAAGAUUCUGGUGAGUGGGCAUUACCUGGUGGUAUGGUUGAUUCUGGAGAAGUUAUUUCAACUACUUUGAAGAGAGAAUUCAUGGAAGAAGCUAUGAACUCGCUGCAAAAAUCUAAAGAAGAUGUUGUAAAAAUAGAAAAAGAAAUAGAGAAAAUAUUUAAUGAAGGUGUAGAAGUUUUUUCUGGAUAUGUCGAUGAUCCUAGAAACACCGAUAAUGCUUGGAUGGAAACCAUUGCAACUCUUUUUCACGAUGAGAAAGGGGAUCAUGUAGGAAUGUUAAAACUUCACGCCGGAGAUGAUGCAGUUGGAGUGAAAUGGGUAGAUUUAGAUAGAAAUCUGAAAUUAUAUGCCAAUCAUGUAUCAUUUUUAGAGGCAAUUGCUACCAGAUUAAAAUGUCAUUGGUGAUUUAAUUGAAUUCAUAUUCUUAUAUUCUUAUUAAUUAAUACUUAUACAUAGGUACAUAGUUAAUAAUAUUCAAUGGUUUGAAAAUAUUUCCUGUACAAUUUAAGAUAUA